AUGCCUGAAGCCCCUGAUUUGAAGACAUAUCUCAAGCUCUUUAGGAGGGACCAGGCUUUCUAUGUGGUAUUGGGUAAUAUUAAUGACCAUGAGAUUAUGUGUAUGGCAGCACUCAUUUGUUGCUCUCCUGCACCCUCAGAAGCUGCAGUCUAUCAGCUCAAGAGAUAUGAUCCUGGGAGGUGGAUUAUUUGGAUGCAGGUAGCUGUCCACUGCCUCUCAUUGGUCUGUCAAGUUGCAUUGACAAGCACAUCCUACAAUAUGCAUUUUGAACUGCUUGCCUGCUCCUCUUUUACAGAAGAUUCUCAGACUCUGGUGCAUGAUAUCUUUCACUUUGUGGAAGGUAUCUACCCACAAAUAAUUCAGCACUUGAACAAGCUUCAAGCUGCUUUGAAAGAACAGGGACACCAUAUUACUAUAAUUAGAAUGACAGAAGCAAAGGAGAUUCCAGACUUGUUCUAUAAAUAA